AUGUCCGAUACUUCUCAUGAUCCUACUUCUUCUACGAGCAAUGAACUUGUGAUUUGGAAAUAUGAUAAUCCUUAUGCGAAUUAUAAACUUGAUCCUGAACGAAUCUUUUUAUUAAAUGGAUAUACACUUCGAAUAAAUCAAAAAUUAAAUAAUAUUGUCGACAUUACACAAAAUACUGGGAAUUUAGUUUGGGAUGGCGCAUAUAUAUUAAGCAAAUAUAUUGUAAAUAAUCUUAAAAAUGAUGCAACAUUUCGUGAAAAUAUUAAAUACGCUGCACCAUUUAACGAGAUACGAUUUUUGGAAUUGGGAUCAGGGUGUGGACUGGCUGGAUUAUCAACAUGGAUUUUAGGUGGAUUUGUUGUAUGUAAACGAUUUAAUUCGGAAUCUAAUUUAAAAAAUAAAAAUAAAUUGGAUGUUGGGUUGCGUAGAGAAGAUAUUAAUGUUUUUCCAUUAAAUUGGGAAGAAUUGCCUCAAGACUCUUCAAACCCACUACACAUAUCGAAUAUGCUUCCUCAUCUACCUUGUGACACUUUAGAAGGAAGGAAAGAAAACCGAAGAACUUUGGUAUUAGGAAUCUAUAAAGAUCGUGGAUUAGGUGAAUCGACCUUUUUUGAUAUUGCUAAUAAAUUUGGUAAAAUGAAAGUUAUUUGGAUUGAUAAUAAUUGGAUGAUAAAAGAAUUUAAUAAUUAUUCUCAAGAAUAUAAAAUGUUUUGGCUUAUUCCUUUUGAAUAA